UCUACUACAUCUAUCGAUAAUUCUCAUAGGCAGAAAAGCCGACCUCCCCUUAUUUUUCUCUUCUUCGUACGGCUUCGCCGAAACCCUGGCCAUUUUCUUGCACUUUCCCUCCUUUGCUCUAGUCUAUGAAGCACCUCUGAAACCCCGGCGCCCUUCCCUUUUUCAUAUUUAUUUUCUCAUUCGAGAUUCCCUGUUGAUUUUCUCUUUUGCAUUUCGCUUCCCGUGUCUCUAUAAGCUUACUCCCACCUCGACUAAUCUCAGGCUCAUUCAUAUUCUUUUUGUUCUAUUGCGUUGUCAACGAAGAAAUGAGCUUGCUCAUAUAAUUUUAAAUGUGACCUCGUAAGCAAAGCGAAGAAUUUUUCAUACAAUCUCUACCUUUGACCGAGAACCUCUGAAGGGGAAAAGCGACGACAACCGCAAGUAAGAAGCUGCGUGAGGAGGCAUAUAUAAAUGUUUUAAAAUUAGUGUUCUUCAGUGGAGUUAGUGAACCAUUUGGACCUCACAAGUAUCAUUUUUUUUUUCAAUCUAGAAAGCUAGGGAUAUUUGUCGUUAUGUCCUUCGGGCUGCUUUUUGUUGGGUUGAAUAGGGCUGAACCCUAAACCAUGUAAGUUGAGUAUCCUAUCUUUGGCGUGCAACUAUUGGCUGGAGAUACAGAAGAUUCCCACUUGAUUGGUUGUGCAACUUGAGUUUUAGUUUGGAAUCACAAAUGAUGGAGAAGCUGAUAUAAUCGCUGAUCAGGAUUUUAUUUCCUAAAUUGUUUACAUAGAAAUAACUGGUGGGAGAAGAGUAUUUGCGUGGAAAAAUUGUUGAGCUCGUAUUUUUCAUGAGAGUCGAAACGGGAUUGUUUUUAUUUUUAAUAUUACACUACAGGGUGGCUAUGCUACAGUUCUCAUUUUCGUCAACUGUGGUCUUGGCUACUUUUUGUGAUAGUCUGGAAGAGAGAUUGUUCCUAAAUGAGGAAGAGGAUUGGACAAUGUUGAAUGAAUUGAGAAAAGAGAGGUAUGAAUAGGUGUGCAACUGCAAUCACUCAUGCUACACAUCCUCAUAUGACAGCGUGCUCUCAGAUUUUUUUUAUUCACGCAGCUUUCUUAGUAAGAAACAAAUGGUGUAGUGGGAGUUUUUAGGUUGAAAUCCUUAUAAUCAAAUGGAAUAUUGUAGCAGUUCUGAGUGCAAAAUCUCCUGUAUAAAACUUAAAUUGUAAUUCCUGUCACAGGUACUCACUUCAUUUGACUCAUCCCAUGUUUCAGUUGAGCUUUAUCUUAACUGUACCUUAUCAUUAAGUGGAUGGAGUGGAAUGAAAAAAAAAAUGGAUGAUGGAGAGGAAUGCUGAAUGCAGUUCUCAUAUCACAACAAUAUUUUGUGGAAAGGGUCUUGUUUCCUUGACAUUCUGCAGUAUUUUGCACCCUGAUUAUUUUACCGCUCAAAAUAGUUCUUUUUUGGUCCAUUUGUUGCUGUGUUAGCAUUUCCUGCAUCUUCUUGUUGGUGUGUUUUCAAUCCCUAGGGGUUGGCUCAAGUGGUAAAGGCGUUGGGCUUGAGGGUAUGCAUCCCUUAGGUUUAAGGUUCAAAUCCCCUUGGAUGCAAACAAUCUCUAGAGGCCAUUGGACUACUGGAUUUUCUCCUUAAAUUAUCCGAGAUGCACUUGUGGAAAACUUCUUGCCGAGGACCUGUGCACCUCCUGGAUUAGUCGGGACAUUGUUCCUGGACACCUGGUGCCAAUAAAAAAAAAAAUUGUUGGUAUGUUUUCGUUAUUGAUAUCAUUGCUAGUCAUCAUCUCGUUAUAUUCACUAUUUGUGUGCUUUGUAUAAUGUAUAAUAACAAGCAGAUUCUCUACUGAUGGUGGGAAAAAAGCAAAGACAUCUUGUGGCAAUAGCUAGAAACAAGAAUAUUACUCGAAGUGGCCACCUUAACUCGUCAAAAUCUAGUGAUGAUCUGGAUGUGCAGGGAGAAGAUAGUUGGGUGAUUGUGAAAAAGCAGAGGGUCACCAUUUUGGUGCCUCCUCUACCUGCUGCAAAAAACUUGAAGACUCGAAACCUAGGACCAAGUCAGCUGGAAGCCAGACCCCAAAAAACAAGUAACCAAAUACAACCUCCAAUUGAUAUAUGCCCUAGAAUAUUGUCUGUUGAUGAAGAAGGAAAGUCCAUGUCACUGGCUCCUGAAAAGGGUAUUCAGGUUGUGAGAAAAGCUCAUUCUCAAGAUCUGCCAACAUUAGCUAAGCCACCAAGGGAAGAUUUAAGAAUGGAAACAAAAAAUACAAAUCAAGUUGGCACCUCAAAAACUUGUGAAAGAUAUGGGGUGUCUGACACCUCAAAAGCUAUCAAGCGACCUAGGCUAUUACAUUGCCCCAGUGGCUUGAUUGAUGGGGCCCGUGGGGGAAUGUUGCUAAGUCAAAAGCUGAGGGCAUCAAAUCUUGAGAUAAAACUUAAAAGAGCUGGGGGGUUGAGCAGGUGGUUAGCAUCGCUUGGUCUGGAUCAGUUUGUGAGGAUUUUCCAGAGGAAGAGUGUUAAUAAAUUUCAGUUGGUAAAUUUAACAAUGAAGAAGCUCAAAGAUAUGGGUGCAAAUGCAGUGGGGCCUAGGAGGAAACUGAUACAUGCCAUCGACUGUGUUUGUCAGUCCUAUUGUUUUGAGGCCAUCUGAAUGUUCAUUGGAUCUUGAAGUAAUAUGAAGAUAGGAGGAAAGACACUGUCAAAUGCAGCAGCCAAAUUAUAUUGGUCAGGGACGUGCCUGAACAAUUGGAUAUUUCAUGACAGCUACUUGAGAGAGAGAAUAUGAAACAAACUUUGCUGCUAGUAGAAGAGGCGGUAACAUUGGCUCCAGAAAGAAUCUUCUGCCCUCCUGGCAACAAGCUGCAAAACUUCCACUGCAGAACAUCAUCAACCAGGAAGGUGACAUAUUGCUGGGUAACAUCUGCUAUCAAGAAUGAGAGAGCUCAUGAUAGAAUGCAAAUUUCAUCAAUCGUAUAUGAUAUUAUCCAUUCCUUAAAAGUCCUUCAAACAAUGGCACGUAUAGAAAAUUUAUUGGUUAACAACCGAUGUGCGGACUUGGUGCUGCAGUAGUAGGCCAUGCCUAAUCUCAUGACUUGCAUUCCCCUUGAUAUUUUUCCCCUUGCGUGCCAUGACUGUUACACAUUAUUCUAUCUGUGGUACUUGGUAUAGUGGUAUGCUCAAAACGAGUUAUUAUUGCUUAAUGAAUUUGGGUCUGAGAUAA